UUACCACGACCUUACACAGGAGGUCAUCACUGGUCAUGGCCGCGGUAUCGCUUGAACCUUGUUCACUUAUGUCAGGGUUGGAUCGCUCGACGUCCUUGGCAUGGAGGGUGACGGCUACCUAUAACCACAAUAGUGUCAGGGCCUUCACCCUCGAUCAAUGACAUUCGAGGAAGAUCACGUGGUAUCAGGUCCACAAAAAGACCGGUCAAGUUGGAUAUGGUUAUUCAACGACACUGGAUCAGCGAGACAACAUUGGCCAAACGUCAAGACAUUUGUUUCUCAUAGACCUUUGAACUUAUGAAAUCGUCUUUAACUUCAAUAUUACAGAUACCGAGAUUCAAAUUGAUUCGAUGUCGCCCAGCGAUACUCAUUUUGACUGGAUUUCGUCAAUCCACUUGACCACUGCAUUAAUCUACUUAUUCAUCCUGCUGGUAGUCUUCACGGUCACCAAAAGAUGGCUCUUUAUCGACGGGCAUCUCCCUGGUCCGCCAUCAAUACCCCUCCUCGGAAACCUCUACGUGAUCUUCUUCAACCCCAGCAAUUUCGUAAUAGUAUUGACUAAGCUGAGCAGGAUAUACGGAAGUGUCUACUCCUUCCGCAUGGGGGAGGUACCAGCAAUCGUUGUCUGUGGGUAUGACAGUGUAAAGGAGGUCCUCGUUACCAAAGCCAAGGCAUUCAGUGAGCGCCCCCUACUGGGCUAUAUGAAGGAUCACCCAGAAUGUCUUGGCAUAUUCUUCCAAAAUGGAGAAAGGUGGUCGUACCUCCGCAAACUGACCCUGCGGGCGAUCCAUGACUUAGACACAGUCAAGCCAGAAAACAUUCGACGGUACAUCAGCGAAGAGAUGCAGGAGCUAGUUGGCUUCAUCAAGGCAAAGAAAGGGAGACCAUUCGACCCCAGAGACAUUAUGGCGUCGGUCAGCGCCAACACUAUGUGUUCAGUUAUGCUCAAUAGAAGGUUUGACUACACUGACAAACGCAUCAAAGAGCUUAUACAGACUGUGGACAGAAUGUUUGAGAUUGAAGGCUUUGGACAGAUGGAGCAUUUCAUUCCAGCCCUACGAUUCCUGAAGCACAUUGGCAUCGGAACUUCAUUUGAGGACGAAAUCAUACGACUCAGGAAAGAGGUGAAGGAGUUCAUAUUGCGGGAAGAUACUUCUUCAUUUUUGGGUGGUGACGGCGACCAUGAGGUUGAGAGUUUGGCGCAUGCGUACCGGAAACGAGUGGACCAUGAUUCUGAUGUUGUAGUCUCUGUGUGUAUCCUUGACAUGAUACAAGCAGCUAUAGCUACCACAAAGGGCACCAACUCUUGGAUUACCCUUUACAUGGCACGCUUUCCAAAGGUCGUCGAACAAUGUCAGGAAGAAAUUCAACAGGUGUUUGGUGACGGACCAGUAGACUGCCUCGUAAAAGAAGACCAGUUGCCCUAUUGCACAGCCACAAUAAAUGAGGUUAUGCGAAUAUCCUCAGCAAUCCCGACAGCUGCCCCUCACAUGGCCUCUGAGGACACAACCCUAAAUGGCUACCCCAUCGAGAAAGGCACAUUGGUUCUCGUGAAUCUCCAUUCCGUUCACAACGAGAGAGAAUACUGGGGGGACCCAGACGUUUUCAGACCAGGAAGAUUUCUGGACGAGGAGGGAAAGUUUAACAGAAAGGAAAGGAACUUAUCGUUUGGGGCUGGUCCUCGUGGCUGCCUCGGGAAGCAGAUUGCCAAGAAAAUGAUAUUCAGCUUUUUCGUGACGAUGCUUACAAACUUUGACAUAAGCAUUCCAAGCGGAGAUGCACCACCCUCUUUACAAGGCGUUCUCAAGAUUGUUUAUGAGCCAAAACCAUUUCGAAUUGUGGCCGUGGCACGGUAGCAAGUGGCGUCGCAGAAACAUGCACUUAGUGUGUAAAGUAACCUGAAAAUAAUCCACUGAAUAUAUGGAGCCCCUGCGAAGGCAUCUGAACCCAUCAAGUCUUUGACAUCGCAAGACUGCUUCUCAACCUUGGAAUUUCGGACAGAACUUUGGAAUAUUGCCUUGUAUUGGUGAUGUAUAGCCUAAGUGCGUGGGAAGCGCGGGCGGCGGGCGUUCGUCCUGAAGCAUCCGGAGGACACCAAUUCAAGGGAUGGGGUUGAACGCCGCCUCGGACUUCGUUACACGAGGAGGCCGGAGGAAAUACAUCUGGAUGUUUAGAUGGCAUGGGUUCGAGUGGGAAUCGAGACAAUUGGCCGCGGGAGACUGAAGGAUAUUGUUGGACAUCCUAACAUGGGAGUGGUAGUUUCCUUGGGUCACUUAGUUCAGAAAUCCACAGAGGGUCAAGGAAUGGUGGGUUCAGUGACGAUGCCAGAUUGAUAUCUCUAGAAGUCACAAUAGCAUGAUGAUUUUUUUCAUUCCCAAUUGACACUAUGUUAAAAUUGGUCCCUGUGAUGGAUACUUGUUUACAGACAUGGUCUACAUGUACUAUUGUUUACACUCAAGUUUCAUCCACUUGACUGGUUGAUUAAUUACUGCGUACGGAAAUAAAAAUCAAUGCCAGCUGGAACAUGACUUCGGACCAUCGCAUAACUUUGUGUCAUAUCUAGUAUUUAGAUAAUGAAUAUUUAUGUAUCAUUUGUAAAAAGUAUAAAUUAAGUGUACAUUGUUUAAUAAAUUUAUAUAGAAAUAU